AUGUCAAGCUCGCCUGACUCUUCAUCGUCACCGGAAGCCCCAGAGCGACGCCGUUGCUGGGAAUGCCUUCGUCGUCGAUUAGUCUGUGAUGCAACACGGCCUGUGUGCAACAAGUGCCGGGUUGCGGGCAUUGUGUGUCCAGGAUACGAUGACAAGAAACCGCUGACUUGGCUCGCUCCUGGCAAGGUAACUUGUCGUACACGGCGCAAGAAGAGUACCACCGUCAGCAUCAAACCAACAACGAAACCCAAGACCCCGAAGCCACCCAAGCAGCCUAAGCACAAGCAUUUUGAAGUCGGAACAGAUAUUUUCAAUGGUGUUGAAUGUGUUUUCCAUGCUCCGUUAAGAACGGAUGUUUGUGACGUUUAUGAUGCUGUACAGUACUACAACGCCGUCUUCUACCCUCACACCGCCGCUGGUCACAGGAAUGGCAUAGCGAACGUCUUUGUAGACGCGAUACCCAUCAACAUUGUCCGUUUCCUACCAACGGCCAUUGCGCACAAUAUGGUUUCCAUUGUCUUCCAACAUAAAAUGUGUGUACAAACACAGUGGAAACCCGACUGUCCCUCCCUCAAACAUGCAGAAGCCCGUUUGCACCACCAUCGAGGGCUUGCAAUUCGUGCUCUAAACGAAGAUAUCGCCAAUGAAAAGACUCAGAGCAGCGAUGUUGUACUGACAGGUGUCAUUCUCCUGCUCCAGUCAGAAAUACAGUCGUGCCUUUCGCCAAAUUGGAGAUACCAUGUCAACGGCCUCCUAGCAAUGCUUGCUUGCCGUGGGGGUGCCAUAGGCUGGAUGAGAGAGGUUCCAAUUCUCAAGGGAAUCCUUCUAUCCUUUCUGAUAACUGCCACGUUCGCAAAUACUACCAGCCCGUCCCACGAUCACGUCAGAAUAGCGUCGCACGAAGGGCUACUUAUGCUUACCGAUGAGCUGUAUCCACUCGGUUUGCAUCCCAAUAUGCCCUGCCCGAUGGCUCUAUUCGAGGAAAUCAUUCGCAUUAACCACGUUCGGGAUGGUGUCUCCAAUGGCUUCAUGAGCAAGGAUACUGCGAGGUCUAUCGCAGAUAACAUCGUGAAGAACAUCGAAGCCUUUGACGCCCGAACGUGGGAGGGAUUCUAUGCGCAGCAUGAACACAAUGAGCUGAUUGGGCUCAUGUUUCAAUCUGCAGUCGCCGUCUUCUGCCUGUCAGCCCUGAAGAGUAUCUUAGUCUUUCAGUCGUCAAGUCGCUUGAGGGUCCAUAGCGACCGUCUAUACUCUUUUUUGGAAGAAGGGAAGAAGUAUCCAGUGCUUCAGAAGUCGGUCCAGUGGCCAUUGAUUGUGGCUGGAGUUGAGGCUGGAGCCCGUGUGGAUAAGCGAGGGUUGGUUGGUGAACUUUUCCUGGAGCAGAGCAAAGAUGUUGGUACACCGUUGCCAAUGCAUGCGAAGGGGGUGAUACGGAGCUUUUGGGACGGUAACCUUACGAACUGGGACGCUUGUUUCGACAAGCCAUACGCUUUUGUUUCAUAG